AUGCCACCGCCACCAAAACCAGCCCUUCCCAAGGCAGCCGAGCCCAAGUAUGGCCGGAAUUUCGACCCGUGGAACUCGGUCGCCCUCGGCCACCAGCGCGCCGAGACCAAAGGCCCCCAAGGCUGGCGGGACAACCGCACGUGGAAGCUGCAGAACCAGCUCGCAGGCGGUCACUCGGGCGGCGGCCGGCUGUCCGACCGUGUGGGUGCUGGGUCGGAGGACUUUGACGAGCAGCGGCAGGUCCUCAUCCCCAAGGAGGUCAGGGCGAGGGCCGCCAACAGCGUCAUGGACAUGCUGAGGAAGCCUGGGACGAUGACCCAAGGUAGCAGCGGCAGCAGCAGGCCGGCGAGCAAGUCACAUGAGAAGCAGCUCUCCAAGUUGGAGGGGGAAGGGAAAGACGAGGACAGCCACGACAAGACAGAAGAGAAUCCCACGGCCUCGUCACAGCAGCAAGAUGGCGAAGACGGCGAGACCGCAGCGAGGGCAGAGAGCCAGAGCAGCACCAACAGCAAGAUAUUCGACGGCCUGGUCAUCUACGUCAACGGGAGCACUCACCCACUCAUUUCAGACCACAAGCUCAAGCAUCUGCUCGCCCAGAACGGCGCCCGCAUGUCGAUACACCUAGGCAGGAGGCAGGUCACCCACGUCAUCCUGGGAAAACCCUCGGGCCCCAACGGCGGUGCCGGUGGCGGGCUGGCCGGCGGGAAGCUAGAGAAGGAGAUACGGCGGGUUGGGGGCUGUGGCGUGAAAUACGUGGGCGUUGAAUGGGUCCUCGAAAGCGUCAAGGCCGGCCGCCGCCUGCCCGAGGCGAGAUUCACAAACCUCAAAGUCGCUUCCAAGGGACAGCCGAGUGUCUACGGCGCCUUCUCCAGGGCGGCUUCGUGA